UGUCCAAUUCCCUCCUCCCCAAAGGUGCUAUUGUACAAAAGCGGGCAGAAUUUCAGGCUCUUUGCUGAUUUGGGAGUCAUUUCUCACAACAAUUACACAGCAGAGAAGUUACACCCGGACAUCCACAAAGCCCAUCUUCCUACUGAACUGAGUUUGAGAGUCUGAAGAAUUUCCAGAAAGAUGGCAGGGAAACCUAAACUGCACUACACUCGGGGAAGAGGGAAAAUGGAAUCUAUCCGCUGGCUACUCGCGGCAGCCGGAGUUGAGUUUGAAGAACAAUUUUUGGAAACGAAUAAAGAUCUGGAGAAGUUGCGCAGUGAUGGAUGCCUGCUUUUCCAGCAAGUGCCCAUGGUGGAAAUAGAUGGGAUGAAGCUGGUGCAAACACGAGCCAUUCUCUGCUAUAUUGCAGCAAAAUACAAUCUCUAUGGAAAGGAUUUGAAAGAAAGAGCACU